AUGGAUGCCGACCCGCUGAACCCGCCCAUGCCUGCACUGUCACAGUCCCCGACCUUACUCCCACAAGAUGCACCCGACGGCACGCUUGGCGUUAUCGAAGACAACCCUCAUACAGGUGACAGUGGCGCCGCCAGCCGCCAUUACGCACAAUCACAUUCCCAGUCCCAGUCCAUGGAUCAGAGUUUGAGCGACUCGCCACGAUACGGCUACGGAACUGCCGACGACUCGGAAUCGAACGGACAUGGUAGUGCCAGUGCUGGUGGUGCUUACCCGGAUCAUGCGUCUCGGGGCAGCGGUGCACAUGCCGAGCCGAACAACGGACGAAAUCACGUUGUGAUCAAGGUGGGAAUGGUGGGCGACGCACAGAUCGGCAAGACAUCACUCAUGGUCAACAUCCGCAACACAGAAAUCACCUUCAGCAUCUGGGAUCUGGGUGGCCAGCGCGAGUUUGUCAACAUGCUGCCGCUUGUGUGCAACGACGCCGUGGCCAUUCUGUUCAUGUUUGACCUAACGCGCAAGAGCACACUUAACAGCAUCAAGGAAUGGUACCGCCAGGGCCGCGGCUUCAACAAAACGGCAAUUCCAAUUCUGGUCGGCACGAAGUACGACCAUUUUGUCAACUUCCCUCGCGAGGACCAAGAGGAGAUCUCCAACCAGGCUCGUCGGUUUGCAAAGGCCAUGCGUGCAGCACUCAUUUUCAGCAGCACCAGCCACAGCAACAACGUUCAAAAGAUAUUCAAAAUCGUGCUCUCAAAGGCCUUUGAUCUCAAGUGCACAAUACCCGAGAUCGAGAAUUUUGCCCGCGUGCGGCACCGGGGACGCCAGCAGCCACGACGUCGAAACAAGCUCAUGAAACAGAGAAAACAGAAGAUGCCAAUGUCUGAGCCGGCCACGCUCGCAACACAUCCAUCGCGUAUGCUGCUCGCAUCUUCCGAGACAGCAGCGGCCCGUCCGGAAUGGAAUUCAUGGGCUGAUGCCAUCGGCAUCGAGUCCGGCCUGUGGCGACGACGUAGACAUGCUUUUAGCUACGAUGGCUCCGAUGACCGCCCGGAGACGGAACUAAUCGCCCCUACACCAUGGCGGCCGAUCUGUCUGUAUCUCCCAGCGGUCGUGGGGACUGACGGAGUGGGAUACUUAGAGGCACAGGCUUCGUCGUGUCCAGCUAGCACCGCCACGCACGUUGACGAAGCAUCAGCCUCGCAAGGCUCGAGCGUAUACUACUCGGUUUUUUCGUCGCCCCGAUCGCCCGAGGAGAGAACGCCGACGGGCACACCACCAACUAAGAUCCGUGACCGCGGCUUUCUCGAUGCCGUCUUGGCAGCUGCUAAUAUACCCUUGGCAUCUGGGCCGUUGUCACAUAUACCUUCCAGGCUGUCACAGGAGAGCAACGAUACGGUUGUGCGAGUCAGGCCGCUGCGUGUGGAGGACUAUGCUUCGGACGCGACACCAGGAAAAGACAACCAGGACAAUGAAGAAGGGGUGACGUAG